CACUACUCUCUUUGAGUGUUAGGUAUAAGAUGGGGCUAAAAGGGAAGCUACUUGGGCAGAUAGAGAUUAGUUUUCAUGGAGAUUUAUUUCAUGAAAUCCUUAGAGCGAGACCCCAUCAUCUGCCCUCCAUGAGCUCAAUUGUUCAUGCAGUUGAUGGCCAAUGGGGAACUCAAGGUUGUACCACCAUCUUUAAGUUUACCCAAGAUGGAAAAACUGAAAUUGCGGAGCAUGUUAUGGACACCAUAGAUGAUGAGAAGAAAUUAUUGAAAUAUAGGGCAAUAAAAGGUGACGUUUUGAAAUCCUAUAAGAGUUUCAUCAUAACAUGUGAAGUUGAUACUAAUGGUGAUGACAAUUUGGUGACUUGGACUCUUUUGUAUAAAAAGCUGAAAGAGGAGACUCCUGAGCCGUUUACCUAUCUAAACUUCUUUUUUAAACUAACCAAAGAAAUGGACAAUCACCAUGCCAAGCCGAGCCCGGCCCAUUAAUAUGAAAUUAAUGGUAAUAAUAAUUAGCAAAAAUAUAUUAAAUAAUGGAUGCUUUGUGAUGUAUCUGUGCCUCUAUUUUCAAAGUGUGUUAUGUAAAAUACAGUAAGGACUUA